AUGGUCAUCCCCAGGCUUUCCCUGCGGCGCCAUCUACCCCGGAUACCUGGCCAUGCCCUGCGGCUCCGCUCCUGGCAGAUUCUCAAGCCCCUCACCUGUGCUGGGCUGCAGCCCACCAGCAAGGCCUUGUACUGCCGCGCCCCCACCCGGCUGCUCUCGCGACUCUGGGGGGUGCUGACAGGGCUGGCGCUGCCCCGCUGGCUGCAACGCCCCCUGCUGGCGCUCUACGUCUGGGCCUUCUCCGUCAACAUGGCCGAGGCGUCUGAGGAAGAUCUGAGUGUCUACCGCAGCCUUGGGGAGCUCUUCCGGCGUCCGCUCAAGCCCUGGGUGCGUCCCAUCGCACCCUAUGACAUGGUCAGCCCGGCAGAUGGCUGCAUCGUGCACCUGGGCCAGGUGCGGAGGAGCCGCCUGGAGCAGGUGAAGGGGGUGACGUACUCCCUGGAGAGCUUCCUCGGGCCCCAGGACUGGAGGGAAGAUGGGGGCCGGGAUCUCUCCCCAUGGUGGCGCCGGGGGCACCGGCUCUAUCAGUGCAUCAUCUAUCUGGCGCCGGGUGACUACCACCGCUUCCAUUCGCCCACCGACUGGCACAUCCGGCACCGCCGGCACUUCCCCGGCUCCCUGAUGUCGGUGAGCCCGAGUGUGGUGCGCUGGAUCCCGGGGCUGUUCUGCCACAACGAGCGGGUGGUGCUGAGCGGGGAGUGGGCUCACGGCUUCUUCUCCCUGACUGCCGUGGGAGCCACCAACGUGGGCUCCAUCCGCAUCUACUGCGACCAGGACCUUCACACCAAUUGCGCCCGCCACGUGCAGGGCCGCUACCACGACCUCAGCUACUUGGCUUGGGCAGGGCCAGCCGGGGUCCCCACCCCCAAGGGAGCCGGCCUGGGCGAGUUCAACCUGGGCUCCACCAUCGUCCUUCUCUUCCAGGCGCCCCGGCGCUUUGGCUUCCGCACCAGUGCUGGGCGCAGGGUGCGGGUGGGGCAGGCGCUGGGCAGCCUGUGA